CCGCUGUCUGUCUGUCUGACGGUGCGCGCGUGCGUGCGCGCGAUCUCCUUUCCGCUCGCCCCGUGCUGCUGCUCCUCAAUGUAGCCAAAACCAUGACAGGCAUCGCCGCUGCCUCCUUCUUCUCCAACAGUUGCCAGUUCGGGGGCUGUGGACUGCACUUCGAGUCGCUGGCCGAGCUCAUCGUGCACAUCGAGGAUAAUCACAUCGAUACAGAUCCUCGCGUGUUGGAGAAACAGGAACAGCAGCAGCCCACUUAUGUCGCCCUCAGCUACAUUAACAGGUUUAUGACGGAUGCAGCGCGGCGGGAGCACGAGACUCUGAAGAAGAAAGUUCAGCCAAAGCUGUCCCUCUCACUGAUGGGCAGCCUUUCACGCAACAGCGUGGCCACGCCCCCUCGCCACAACAGCGGCAACCUGACCCCGCCCGUGACCCCGCCCAUCACACCCUCAUCUUCAUUCAGGAGCAGCACCCCCACAGGCAGCGAGUAUGAUGAGGAGGAAGCAGAAUACGAAGAGUCUGACAGCGACGAGUCGUGGACCACCGAAAGUGCCAUUAGCUCUGAAUCCAUCCUCAGCUCCAUGUGCAUGAACGGAGGGGAUGAGAAACCGUUCGCAUGUCCCGUGCCUGGCUGCAAAAAGAGAUACAAGAAUGUGAAUGGUAUUAAGUACCACGCCAAGAACGGCCACCGCACUCAGAUCCGCGUUCGGAAGCCCUUCAAGUGCCGGUGUGGUAAAAGCUACAAAAGCUCUCAGGGGCUUCGACACCACACCAUCAACUUCCACCCGCCCGUCUCUGCCGACAUCAUCCGCAAGAUGCAGCAGUAGAGAGUGCCAACAUCCUCCUCGACAUUCCCACACACACACACACACACACACACACACUCCAACACAUGUAUAUACAGAACAAACAGAACACCUCGGCAUCCAUCCGCACCAGCAGCUGUGGCUGUCCAUUAACUUUGACACAAUUUGUCCUCCAUUUUUUGGACAGUGUAUCUGAAGGACAAUUUGUCUUUCUCUCUCUAUUUUUUGCUCUUUCAAGAGUAUGACUCUUUCACCUCCCUUUUCCCUCCACUCCUCAUGAGGAGGAAACUUUAAUCUUUUUAUAUUCCUCUUCCUCAAGGAAGACUCCCUGAAUCCCUGUGUCAUUCCGUACCUCCAUGAGGAGGAUCUGAUUCUACCGUUCUAUCAAAACACUACAUUUUGAAUCGCAUGUUUUCAUUCUGUCAUUUUUGUUCUCUUUAUCAUCUCUUUGGCUUAUUUGUAUCUUAACGGUUUUGUAUUUUUGCACAUUUGCUUCUUCUUUAAAAAAUUUUUUGUUUGAUGCUAGGUGCUUAUUGUAAAAGACUGACGGUAUGUUUGGAAAGGAGAGAAUCGUGACUAGAUAACCAGCCUGACGCCGAAAAGAAGUAAAGCUUAAGGAUUUGGCGUGAACACGAGUCUCUGUGUGAGAAAAACUGAAAAUAGGAAAGGCUUGAAACGUCUGAAUGUUUGUAAUAUAUAUCUACCCCAUAUAAGCAACAUUCAUAGCUAAAGAUUGUGUAUAUAACUAUAUUCUAUAAGUUUCAUAGUCAGAUUUUAAAUUCUAUACUUUAUUCCUUUGUAUAUUUUCAACUGAUCUUCAGAGAUGACGAUAUGGAUUGAUUAUGGAUGUGCAGUUUUUUGGUAGUGCUUUCACCUUCUCCAUUACUCUCAGAAAAGUUAUGAGUUACAGCACCAAAUGACUCUCAGGUGACAAAUCGCCAGCAUUUGAGAACUAUAAUCCUGUCUGAUAGUAUUUUAGAGUAGGCUGUUACACUCUUCCCAGGUCCACUGUGGCCGGACUGUUCUAGAGCGAUCUAGAACUCCGCAGAGAUCUGGUGAAGAACCUAAAGCACUUUGUAGAGACCAUUUGCCAACAUGUUUAGGGAAUUUUGUAUUGCCAACAAAUUGCAGAAUGUUUUCUGCAAAUCAGCUGCGAAAUUCAAAAGG